ACAUGGCCGAUUUCCGGGUUGGUCACUUAAGUAACGCAAUAUAUUCAUGGACGACUCAUUUUGUUAUUAAUCCAAUUUUUUUUUUUUUUACGGUGAAGUAAUUUGCUGAUGAUCGCUUUUGUUGAAAUUGCGCCAGCACGGACGGUAAGAAUGCCAUUUAAAACACCAGCCCAAGUUUAUUCGUGGGAGAACACCCACUCAUGUUUAUAUCCUUGAAUAAAUAAAUGUCACGCCGCGCCGUGAAGGGUCCACGCUCGACACCUUCACCCUCUCCUCCAUCUUCGCGCCUCCUCCUCCUCCUCCUCCUCUCCCCUCUGCCUCCCCCCCUUUCAUAAAUCCGUCGGCGGCGGUCUUGCCUCAACUAUUCCGCGCUGUGCCGGGUCUCAGUGCAGCUGCAUCGGGGUGGCCAAGUUGGCGCACGGCGGAACCGAGUCCCGUCUCUCUUCUACCCCCGAACCGUGGAAUUAUGACCAGAGCGGAGGCUGCCUCCAUCGCCCUGUCCUGAGCACGCUUCUUUUCCCGCACACACCGUGAGACAUUUCCACCGAAGACGAUGGAGACCGGAGUCCGCAUUUUCUUGCUUUUCCUCAUCCAGCAGACCGCCGAUGUAUGUUGCCGACAGGAAGGACACCACGAGGGCUGUGUGCCCGGCUUCCAGGUCAAACAAUACCAGGUGGCAUAUAGGAGAACUUUCCAGAAAGGCCUGCCACUCCUACAAGUUGAAUUUGACGACUGUGCGGGGAAUGAAGACGUGGCCUUCGAAGUGUCCGUUCCCGGCUUCCGGGUCGAUGAGGAUUUGAAUUUGGUUCCCUCGAAAGAUGUCACCUCCAGCAGGCGUGUUAUGUUCAUCCACGGGCUGGGUGCACGUGCAGACGACAUGGCACAGGUGCACAUCACUGGACUACCGCUUGAGUCAGCGCAUGUUCUCAAGGAGAUUGUGGGUCUGCCACACAGAUUGAAGAGAUCCCUGCUGGUUCCUCCUAUGAUUGUCACAGAGAACCAGCGAGCUCCAUUCCCAAGGAUCAUUGGCAGGAUGAUUAUAAUUUCAACAGAGAAGUCUUGGGACCAUAUUUUCCGACUGACAGGCCAUGGAGCUGACCAGGAUCCUAAAGGUCUCUUUACCAUCGACAUCGACACAGGAGACGUGUCAGUCACCCGCUCACUGGACCGGGAGGUCAUCGAUUCCUACCAGCUGGAAGUGUCAACCACAGACUUGAAUGGAAAUCUUGUCGAGGGACCAGUUAUACUGGUGAUCACGGUCAUCGACCAGAAUGACAACCGACCCAUUUUCAAAGAGACACGCUACACAGGAGAAGUGCUGGAGGGGUCCCCUUCAGGAACCACGGUGAUGACAAUGAUGGCGUUCGAUGCAGACGACCCCGCCACAGAUAACGCAGCUUUGCGUUACAACAUCCUCCGACAGUCGCCGGACAAACCCUCCCCAAAUAUGUUCUACAUCGAUGCAGAGAGAGGCGACAUUGUUACUGUCAUCUCCCCGACUCUACUUGACAGAGAGACGCUGCCAACCACGACGUAUGAGCUAGAAAUUGUGGCCAAGGACAUGGCAGGAAGUGAAGUGGGCCUGACAGGAACAGCCACUGCAACCAUUACCAUCACAGACAAGAACGACCAUGCCCCUGAGUUCACACACCCCCUGUUUGAAGCCUACGUAUAUGAGGGCUCGACUGGUGUGGUGGUUAACCUGACAGUAGAUGACAGAGAUGACCCCGCGACGGGGGCAUGGCGAGCGGUCUACUCCAUAAUCAACGGAGAUCCCACACGCAGCUUUGAGAUCCAAACCAACCCAGACAAUAAUGAGGGAAUGCUGUCCGUUAUCAAGGGUCUGGACUAUGAAGGCACUGCAUUCCACAAGAUCUUCAUCAAAGUGGAAAAUGAGGACCCUCUGGUUCCCGAUGUUGGCUACGGCCCCAGCUCCACAGCAACCGUUCAAGUCAGAGUUUUGGAUAUUAAUGAAGGACCGGUCUUCUUCCCCGACCCGCUGUUUGUCACCAGGAUGGAAAACAUUCCAGUCGAAAGUUUUGUAGCCUCCCUCAAUGCCACAGACCCGGACACAUUACAGUUACAGAGCGUCAGGUACGCCAUCCUGAGAGAUCCAGCAGGCUGGCUGACUGUGAACCAACUGCGAGGAACUGUCAACACUUUGGCCGCUCUGGACCGUGAAUCUCCAUAUGUUCGUGACAAUAAAUACAUCGCUCUGUUCAUUGCCAUCGACAACGGCAGUCCUCCAGCUACGGGCACUGGAACGUUGGUCAUCUACCUUGAAGAUUACAAUGAUAAUGCGCCCUACGUGGUACCAUCAGUUGCACAGGUGUGCGAAGAUGCGCAUGAUAUGAACGUGGCCAUUGUUGGUGGACGGGACAAGGAUCUACCUCCCAAUGGGGCACCAUUCAACAUCGAACUGGGAAAACAACCCGGGCUGGAUAAAACAUGGAAGGUCACCAGAGUCAACUCAACACACUCUCAAAUAAUGCUGCUACAAAAUCUGAAGAAAGCCAACUAUCAGCUUCCGCUGAUCAUCACUGAUUCGGGGGUGCCUCCUUUGUCCAACAACACAGAGGUCAAAGUUCAGGUCUGCGUCUGCAAGAAGAACAAGAUGCUCUGCAGCUCUGCCCACUCACACCACGCCAGCCUUCUCAUCGUUCUAACAACACUCGUCCUUGCCCUACCCUGCCUGUAGCUUCUGCCAAACGGUCCCCGUUUGCAAGAUCGGAAAGCAACGACUGACUGCAUCUCCCCGCACACACCGCUGGCUUAGCAGUGAGGAGGAAAGACGCUGGAGAAAAAAAAAAAGUCUUCACACCCUGACAAAUGGAACAUGACAAUACACACAAUCCCCAGCAGCUCAACUGUUGUGUAAAAAAAAAAUCACUUAUCUUCUUGCAACACUUGUCUCCACUUUCUGCAUCGCUCCUUUCCCACAUCAUCUUUAGCUUGUUGGACUCCCUAUGACACGCUCUGUCCGAUUGAUUAUUCAAGCCCUUUUCUUUGUGUCAUGCUGGCGGCUUGAAAACAAGAAGAAAAACAUUAUUUUUCACCCUUAAUUUGGGGGUUUUGUUGCCAUGUAUGUCAUGUCCCGGUAUCAAGCGAUCUGAUUGUAUUGUCAUGUGCAUGCAAUCUCAUCAAAUAUCAAUAGUUUAUUCAUCAAAUGUCUCAUAUUGUAAUGAUGAAAUGCUUUUGUUCCUUAUUGUUUUAGUGCCCACGACUGGUUAGCAACGCCAUUUUUCAAACAUACAUGAACUACACUCGCGAAAGCUAACGAGAUGCUCACAACAAAACUGGGUUACGAACUCCAUAUAAUUCGACGCUGAUAACGGUGUUCAAAUACAUUCAUGCCUAAAUGUGUAGAACAUACCGGGAGAUUUACAUUUACCGUAUUUUUCGGACUAUAAGUCACGUUUUUUUUCAUAGAUUCAUAUGUUUUUUUCCUUCUUUAUUAUGCAUUUUCGGCAGGUGCGACUU